AGAAAAAAAAAACUAUAAAGUUCGUAAAAGAAAAAAUUCCCAAUUUAAAAGAAAAAAAUUGGGUGAAGGGGUAACGGUAUGGUAUAUCAUCAUCAAUUCAUCAUCAUCAUCAUCAUCAUCCAUUUGGGUUGGCGAGACUCGACCAUGUCCCUAACUCACUUCCACUUGGUCUCCCCUCAUUCUUUGCACCUUCUUCACACUCCUUCCUCUCCCUCCUUAUUACCUUUCAAAGCAGCAGCACCCAUCUUCCCCAGCCACAACCCCUCGUUAUCUUCCACUCUCUCCAGAAGGCUCUUUCUUCUUCCUUCCGUCUCCGUCUCCGGCAUCUGGGACGCCAUCACCGGCGCCGGCAACAAUAAUCCCCGCGAUGCAGUGCUUGCCAUUCGACGCGGAAUGUCACUUUUCAGGCAGGGUGAUGUUUCAGGGUCUCUGGUGGAGUUUGACAGGGCAAUUGAGUUGGACCCUAGUCAAAAGGAGUAUCUUUGGCAAAGGGGCCUCUCACUUUACUACCUUGAUAGAUUUGAAGAAGGAGCUGAGCAGUUUCGGCUAGAUGUUGCACAAAAUCCAAAUGAUACCGAAGAGUCCAUAUGGUGCUUUCUCUGUGAAGCUCAACUGUACGGAGUGGAUGAAGCACGGAAGCGAUAUCUUGAGGUUGGCAGAGACCCAAGACCAGUCAUGCGUGAAGCAUACAAUAUGUUUAAAGAUGGUGGGGAUCCAGAGAAGCUUGUUGCUGCAUUCUCCGGUGGAAGAACAAAUGAAUUCUUUUAUGCUUCGCUAUAUGCUGGGCUUUAUUAUGAAUCACAGAAUGAAACAGAUGCUGCUAAAAUUCAUAUGGUAGCUGCAUGCCAGUCUCCUUAUGGACAAAGGUCUGAUGAUUACAUGGCUUCUCUUUCAAAGGUUCACUGCCUUUGUCGAAAUUGGGUCUUAAACUAAAUUGUUCUGUUCCAAGUUUAUUGAGCAUGUUGAACAAUUGAAGGUGAUGAAGCAUCAGAUAUUUUCUAUACGAUAUUGAUGGUAUGUUGUCGCUUGUCAGAUUUUGUAUUAUAGAGACAGUUAAAAUGAAUUUAUCAUUUUUCCUUACGAAGUAGGUAUGAUUUCUGAUAAGGUAAGGAUCACCUGCCUUUUUUAUCUACUAAUGAAGAGAUAAAUUUAUUAGACAUCACUAGAGAAAUAGAGAGUAAACAUUUGUUUUGACACUACUAUUUAGUUUCGCAUGAACAAAUCUUUUUGGUAAUUAAAUCUAACCAAGUUAGCU